AUGGAGAAGGUUGGAAUGGCCAGGGAACCGGUGCUUGUUCGUCACUUCAGGAAUACCCUUCUUGAAUGGAUGAAAGAUCCAGAGCAGUUUGAACGACGAUUGAAACAGUGGAAGAAAGAUGAUUACUUAUUUGUUAGUACAGCAGCAGAGAAACAAGUAAUGAAAAGUAUUUUGACUGAAAGUUGUGUAACAGUUGUUGGAAAUUCUGGCACUGGAAAAAGUUUCCUUUCACGUCAUGUUGCACUAAAGAUGAUGGAACAAGGGUAUAUUACAAUUCCAUGUGAUACCCCUGGAGAUAUAAGACAGUGGUUUAAACAUGAAAGGAAAACCUUAUUUGUCUUUGAUGAUAUAUGUGGGCGGUAUACUCUUAAUCAACUGAUUUUCAACUCAGAAGAAUUCAGACUGAAUGCGGCUGAAAAAUUAGCUUUAGCUAAAGUUUACUUUCAGGAAAAUGCUGAUAAAGUUACAGAGUUGUCAGAAAAAUAUGAUUUUUUCCCACUUUUAUGUAGUUUAUAUCAUAAACAAAAUCUCGAGAAACCUGUAAACAUAGACGAAUUUUUUAGCAAUCCUUUUGAUAUUUUUGAAAAUGAACUCGAUGAGCUGUAUAGAGAAGAGGAUGGCUGGUUCCCUUUACUGUUAGCAAGUCAGGAAGGACAUGUUACUGUUGUUAAAGAACUGUUACAACAUUCUGCAGAUGUAAAUCAGUAUAAUAAUGAUGGUGUAUCCCCUCUGUCUAUUGCAAGUCAGAAUGGACAUGUUAAUGUUGUUAAAGAAUUGUUACAAUAUUCAGCAGAAGUAAAUCAGUGUAAACAUAAUGGUUCAUCACCUCUGUAUUUAUCAUGUACAAAUGGACAUAUAAAUGUUGUUAUAGAACUGUUACAAUAUUCAGCAAAUGUGAAUCAGUGUAAAAAUAAUGGUGCAUCACCUUUGUAUACAGCAUGUCAAAAUGGACAGGUUAAUGUUGUUAAGGUAUUGUUGCAACAUUCAUCAGAAGUAAAUCAGUGUGACAAUAAUGGUGUAUCACCUCUGUAUAUAGCAAGUCAAAAUGGACAUAUUAAUGUUGUCCAAGAACUGCUACAACAAUCAACAAAAGUUAAUCAGAGUAAAAAUAAUGGUGCAUCACAUGUGUAUAUAGCUAGUCAGAAUGGACAUCUAAAUGUUGUUAAAGCUCUGUUACAACAUUUAGCAGAUGUAAAUCAGUGUUGUAAUGAUGGUAUGUCUCCUCUAUCUAUAGCAAGUCAGAAUGGACAUGUUAAUGUUGUAAAAGAACUGUUGCAACGUUCAGCAGAAAUUACUCAGUGUAAAAAUAAUGGCGCAUCCUCUCUGUAUAUAGCAUGUCAAAAUGGUCAUGUUUAUGUUGUUAAAGAACUUUUACAACAUUCAGCAGAAGUAGAUCAGUGUAAAAAUAAUGGUGUAUCACCUCUGUAUAUAGCAAGUCAGAAUGGACAUUCUAAUAUUGUUCGCGAACUACUACAACAUUCAGCAGACGUAAAUCAGUGUGAUGAUGAUGGUGUUUCACCUCUGUAUAUAGCAAGUCAGAAUGAACAUGUACACGUUGUUAAAGUACUCUUACAACAUUCAGCAGAUGGCAAUAAAUUUAGAGAAAAUGGCAUCACACCACUACUGAUUGCUUGUUACUACGACAGGGUUAAGAUUGUACGUGUACUUCUUCAGUGUGAUGAUGUUGAUAUUGAUAUAUGUGAUAGUAAUGGAUGUUCUUCAAUUUAUAUAGCAAGUAAACAAGGAAAUGUUAGUGUUGUUAAAGAACUUUUACAACAUUCAGCAAAGAUAAAUCAGUGUUGUUAUGCUGGUAUGUCUCCUCUGGCUAUAGCAAGUAUGAAAGGACAUGUUAAUGUUGUUAAAGAAUUGUUACAACAUUCAGCCGAAGUAAAUAAGUGUAGUAAUAGUGGUAUGUCACCUUUAUAUGCAGCAAGUCUGGAAGGACAUGUUUAUGUUGUUACAGAACUUCUACAACAUUUGGCAAGUAUAAAUCAGUGUAACAAUGAUGGUGUAUCACCUCUGUAUAUAGCAAGUCAGAAUGGACAUCUUUAUGUUGUAAAAGAAUUGUUACAUCAUUCAGCAGAUGUAAAUCAGUGUAGUAAUGAUGGUGUAUCACCUCUGUGUAUAGCAAGUCAGAAUGGACAUGUUAAUGUUGUUAACGAACUUAAACAAUGCUUAGAAAGAAAUCAGUGUAAAAACAAAGGUAGUCAGUGGGACGAGACAUGUUUAUGUUGUUAAUGAACUGUUACAACGUUAAGCAUAAGUAAAUCAGUAUAAAAAAUACGAUGCCUCACCUCAAUAUCAAGCACGUCAGAAUGGACAUGUUUAUGUUGUUAAGGUACUUUUACAACAUUCUGCAGAAGCAAACUAGUGUUACAUUAAUGGUGUAUCACCGCUGUAUAUAGAAAAAUGAGAAUGAAUGUGUACAUUUUGAAAACAAACUGGUACAAGAUUCAACAGAAGUAAAUCAGUAUAAAAAUGAAGAUGCAUCAUAUCUGUAAAUAGCAAGUCAGAGCGACCAUAUUACUGUUGUUCACGAACUGUCAAGCCAUUCAGCAGAAGUAAGUCAGUUUACAAAUAAUAGUGGACCCUCUCUGUAUACAGCAAGUCAGAAUGGACAUAUUGCUAAAGUACUUGUACAACAUUCAGCAGAA